UCGCAACUUUGCUAUUUUCCUGCGUUUAUUUUAUUGGACAAAUUUCCUCCGGCAUAGUCGGGUCGUGAUUCUUUUGAGGUUGAAAUUAUUAUUAAGCAAAAAAUGGCAAAUAUUUGUGUAAAAUUCAAUUCAACAAUUGCACCAGCAAGCAGAAUUUUGGGCAAUGCUGUUAGCAUCACAUCCCAAAGGAAUAGCUCAUGGUGGUCUGAUGUAAAAAUGGGUCCUCCCGAUGCCAUUUUGGGAGUGACUGAAGCCUUCAAACGUGAUCAAAACCCAAAGAAGAUUAACGUUGGUGUAGGUGCGUAUCGUGAUGACAACGGCAAACCAUUUGUGCUUCCAAGUGUUCGUAUGGCAGAAGAAUGUAUUUUGGCCAAAAACAUGGAUCAUGAAUAUGCUCCAAUUGUUGGUGUGCCAGAAUUCUGGGGACGUGCUAUCGAACUUGCUCUUGGAGAGAACUCACAACGAUUGAAGGCCAAGCAUAAUGCAACAGUACAGGCUAUCAGUGGAACUGGUGCCCUUCGUAUUGGUGCUGCCUUCUUAAGUAAAUUCUGGAAGGGCAAUCGUGAGGUGUACAUGCCCACACCAACAUGGGGUAACCAUAUUCCAAUUUUCGAACACUCCGGACUUAAGGUCAACAAAUAUCGUUACUACGACCCAAAGACAUGUGGACUUGACUUCAAGGGCUGCCUGGAUGAUAUCAUGAAAAUCCCAGAAAACUCCAUAAUUCUUUUGCACGCAUGUGCCCACAAUCCAACCGGAGUUGAUGCCACACCCGAGCAAUGGCUUGAACUUUGCAAUGUCAUCAAGAAGAGGAAGUUGUUCCCCUUUCUCGAUAUGGCCUACCAAGGUUUUGCCAGUGGAGAUGUUGACCGUGACGCCACUGCGGUACGCUUAUUCGAAAAAGAAGGUAUUGACUUCUGCCUUGCCCAGAGUUUUGCCAAGAACAUGGGUCUCUAUGGCCAACGUGCUGGUGCAUUCUCCGUAAUCUGUUCGUCUGCCGAAGAAGCCGAUCGUGUUCUAUCUCAAAUUAAGAUUCUCAUCCGUCCAAUGUACUCGAAUCCACCUCUACAUGGUGCCCGUAUUGCAGCUGAAAUUCUCAACAAUGCCGACCUUAAAACCAUCUGGCUGAAGGAUGUCAAGGGCAUGGCCGAUCGUAUUAUUGAUGUUCGUGCCAAGCUAAAGAAUAAUCUCAUCAAUUUGGGAUCCAGUCGCCCAUGGGAUCACAUUACCAAUCAAAUUGGUAUGUUCUGCUACUCCGGCAUGACCCCAGAACAAUCGGAGCGAUUGACAAAAGAUUUUAGUGUUUAUUUGACCAAAGAUGGUCGAAUUUCGAUGGCUGGUGUAACUAGCAAAAAUGUUGAUUAUUUAGCUCAUGCCAUGCAUGAAGUUACCAAAUAAAUACGUUGAAAGUUUGCUUUUAAAAUCCAAUAGAAAAAAUAACUAAUUUAGAAAAAGUAAAAAAAUGAUUGUUUUUGAAAAAAACAUAAAUAAGAUUGGCGAGUAAUGCAAUUACAUACAUACAUACAUACAAAGAUAUUAAUAUCAAACAUCUUUAUCGUUUUAGUUAAUCUGCCACAGAGAUCUACUUUAGUGCAUUUAUUUAAGUAACAUUAAAAUAUUUUUCCAAAACUAAAAUAAAA